UAUACCCUGGUCCUCACUUUAAUUUGCUGUGGGGAAGACAUCACAUGAAUGAAUUCCUCCAGCGAAAAUUAAGUAGUAAAAAUUUAUCGUCUAAAACAAAUAAAAUUGUAUAAUUCAACACCACGCACGUGUUUUUAUAAAUUCAAAACGUUGAAAUAUUUCACCAGUGCUUAAGUGAAUAUUGUUAAAAAAACAAGAUUCCAGACUUAUUUAAGAAUAUAAAAUUUCGAAACUGAUAAAAUGCUGCCAAUGAAGUCAACCCUGCUCCCGAUCCAGAUCUUACUUUCCAUUUUCUCCCCCACGUUGAGACACAGAUUUGAGGAGAAUGCGAUCUGGGAGAAAGAUUAUCCCGAGAUAAAAGCGCUCAUGUCAUCCGAUGAUAAACGCGAGUGUCAUCAACAAUUCAAAGACAUACAGGAUCCUCAAUUGCACAGUGAUCUGAUUGGUUUAAGCAUUGACCAACGCCUCAUCCGGUUGGGAUAUCCGGUCCAACGAAUAAACGUGACUACAGAGGAUGGCUACAUUUUGGGAAUUUAUCGAAUACCUUUUAGUCCGAAAUCUCCCUUAGUGGAGGGUGUCGUCAAAAAACCUGUGAUACUGCAACAUGGCCUUGGUGGGAAUGGUUUAUGUUUUCUGAUUCAGGAUAGUUCUAGAAAUUUGGCAAUGAUGCUUGCCGAUUAUGGCUUCGAUGUAUAUGUCUCCAACUUUAGGGGAAGUAGUUACUCUCAAGGACACAUUGACCCGGAUAUGACACCAGACAACUGGAGAUAUUGGGAUUUCAGCUUCCAUGAGAUGGGGAUAUUCGACGUUCCCGCUAUUAUUGAAGCCGUUACGGACAUCACGAAGCAGGAGUCCGUGUACUACGUGGGUCACAGCAUGGGCGCUGCUGCACUCACAAUUUUGCUGUCCGAGCGACCAGAAUACAAUUCGCGCAUCGCGACCGCUUUUUUCCUCGCUCCCGCCGUGUAUUUAGGUCACACUGGACUAUACCUACAUGCCUUCGUUCGAUCUGUUAAUUACUACCAGUACACUUUCAACAAAUUCCUCGGUGGUAAAUUAGAGAUGGAAAGAUUGGUCGAAAUAUUACUCGGGUCCUCACCAAAUUACCGAUGCUCCGCGGAAGAAUAUGCCUGUGAAAUUUGCGCAAACAUGUUUAAUCUACUGGCUGGAUAUGACGGUCCUCAAACUAAUUACACUCAAGUCGGUCAAAUCUUUGACGCUUUUCCCGUCACCAUGUCGACAAAGACGUUGACACAUUUUUUCCAAAUGAUCAAAACCAACACAUUUUGCCAAUUUAACCACGGAUUUAAAGUGAUUAACAGACUGCGGUAUGGUCGACGGACUCCGACGUGCUAUAAUAUGGAGAAUAUUUCUAGUCCGUUACUCGUAUUUUGGGGGGCUAAUGACUUCGUCGUGAAACCACAGGAUAUCGGAAAAACAGUGUCUCAUAUACCAAAGGCAGCUUUAAAGGAGUGCAUCAAAGUGGAUUCGGAAUACUUUACUCAUUUAGACUUUAUUUUUGCCAAAGAUGCAAAUACUUUAGUGUAUAAGAAAAUAGUGGAUGUAAUGCUAAAUGCGACGUAUGGAUGAUUUUAUGCUUAUAUUUCCAAUAAAUAAUAAAUAUGUAUGACGUUUCAUAAGUA